AUGAACAGACGUAUAAGAUACCUACCAGAGGUUCCACCUCCCAGCAGCUCGGUUGCCACUCAAACUGAGGACUGUGAGAGUUCCGCUGGUCCCAGUGCCAAGUACCUGGCAGCUGGACCCUCACGGCGGAGGCAGUCCUCAUCCAGCGAGGAGGAAGCUAGUUCAGAUGGCCUAAGUCUUAGCUGGAUUCCGGCCACUGGACUACCUUCACCUUCCAGGAAAAGGCAGCGUGUGCCUUCCGAUGAUUCCGACGAGGAAUCAUCGUCAGGGAAAAGGAGGCGCAUGGCUGCGUCGAGAAAGAGGAGGGCAGAGGCAAAAGCCCUGCGUCAACGUCGGCUGGAGGUGUUCGGCUUUCUGGACUCGUCGGAGGAGGAUGACUCGGAUUCUGGUUCCGAUUCAGGUUCCGAUUCGGGUUCUGAGUCAGCUUCUGAUUCAACUUCGGAUUCAGCUUCUGGAUCAGAUUCGGAAUCUGGUUCUGAAUCUGAUUCUGAAUCAGGUUCUGAAUCUGGUUCUGAAUCAGGUUCUGAAUCUGGUUCUGAAUCAGGUUCUGAAUCUGGUUCUGAAUCAGGUUCUGAAUCUGAUUCUGAAUCAGGUUCUGAAUCUGAUUCUGAAUCAGGUCCUGAAUGUGAUUCUGAAUCAGGUUCUGAUUCUGAAUCAGUUCCGGAACCUGUUCCGGAACCAGUUCCAGUGUCACCUGCAACUCCUCCUCCUGUCCGGCCCAGAA